UAUCUACCAGAGCUUGUCUACUAUACUCCUAUGUCCCCAUUGGCGUCCUUGAGCGGAUCGAAGAAGCAGAUCGAGUUGGAGACUGGAGACUGGUCAAAGGACCACGUCAAUGAAGGCGAGGGGCCAACCAGUACAUAAUCGGAAGAAGCCAGGAGGAUCUCGGCUAGUGUACACAUGUACGUCUAUCGAGUGGAGGGAAGGGGAGGGCACCAACCUCACUUCAUCCAUCUAGAAUCGAGAUUGCUCGCUCAGUCUUUCAACCUCAGUCGGACGUAGGGCAACACGGAAAAAUAAUUUAUUUGACUUAUCGCAUUGGGAGUGAAUUUGAAUUCGAGGAUCAUCGAGUCAACGGAGAAGAUAAACUUUAUAGUUGAACGGGUGAUAAGCUCAGCUGCGACAAAUUAGAAGACUCAAACAAACGACAACAAUGGCUGAAGUGAACAACAACGCGAAGAAAUCGAGCGACCUUGUGAUCGUGGACGAGGAUGAACUGAAUCAAGAGGUCCAAACCAACGGGUUCGUCCCAGAAGCAAAGGAGUCAUUUCUGUACGAUAAUGCUCUCAUAGAAUCCUUGUCCUUCGACCAUUUGACUUGUUUUAAUCCCAAAAUAAGUCCAGCUCAACCGGGAAUGAAUCUGAGGGUUCGCUCUUUAGGCUCGGGAGAUUACGAGCGAGGAUUCCUCGAUCUUCUGGCACAACUUACCAAAGUGGGUGAAAUCUCCAAGUCCGACUUUUUAAAACGCUUUAAUGCCAUGAAAAGUUGCCAAGGCACGUAUCAUGUCACUGUGAUUGAGGACACUACCACACAAGAGAUCAUUGGAGCGGCUACUUUGGUCAUUGAGCAGAAAUUCAUUCGGGGAUGUGCCAAAAAAGGGAUUAUUGAAGAAGUUGUGGUAUCAGAUCGAUAUCGAGGUCGUCAAUUGGGGAAAUUGAUUGUGGCAACCUUGAUCGAGAUGGGAAAGGCCCUGGGAUGUUACAAAGUGACUUUGAAUUGUACAGACCAAAUGAUCAAGUUUUAUUGCUCCUUGGGUUUCACGCAAGAAGAAGGCAAUGCAAAUUUCCUUCAAAUUCGGAUGUGAAGACAGCAUUAAUGUUCAUGAUGAUGCUUAAAAAUAGUGAUACAUUCCACAUCUUUUACUUAUUCACUUGUGCCUUGUAAUAAAGUGACCAAUGAUCGAUCAAA